AUGAGGAACUCAAAUUAUUUUUUGAAGUUUGGAUCAAGGCAAGAACGACACAGUAUUUGGAAAAGGCUUGCAAGGGUGUUUUCACGGAGAGAAGAAGGUCCAGGAGCCCGGCGAUUACUGUUUUCGCUUCUGCUCCUCUCAGUCUGGGAGACCGGGAGCGGCCAGGUUCAUUACUCAGUCCUGGAGGAGGCCAAACACGGCACCUUCGUGGGCCGCAUCGCCCAGGAUUUGGGGCUGGAGCUGGCGGAGCUGGUGCCGCGCCUUUUCCGAGUGGCGUCCAAAGGUCAUAGAGACCUUCUGGAGGUAAAUCUGCAGAAUGGCAUUUUGUUUGUGAAUUCUCGGAUCGACCGGGAGGAGCUGUGCGGGCGGAGCGCGGAGUGCAGCAUCCACCUGGAGGUGAUCGUGGACAGGCCGCUGCAGGUUUUCCAUGUGGAGGUAGAGGUGAAGGACAUUAACGACAACCAGCCAGUUUUCCCAGUGGCAGUAAAAAAAUUAUUUAUUUACGAAUCCCGGCCGCCUGGUUCUCGGAUUCCGCUAGAGGGCGCGUCAGAUGCAGAUAUUGGAGCCAAUUCUCUGUUGACCUACAGUCUUAACUCUAACGAUUAUUUUACCUUGGAUAUUAAAAGAAAUGAUGAUAAUAUUAAAUCCCUUGGACUCGUGUUGAGAAAAGUUUUAGAUUUCGAGGACACUCCUGAACAUCACUUACUAGUAACGGCAGUUGAUGGUGGGAAACCAGAGCUCACCGGAACUACUCAAGUGAAGAUCACCAUUCUAGAUGUAAACGACAACGCCCCAGAGUUUGAGAGGACUGUCUACAGAGUCAGUUUAUUCGAAAAUGCACCAAACGGUACCCUAGCAGUGAUUGUUAACGCCUCUGAUUUGGAUGAAGGAGUAAAUAAGGACAUUGUAUAUUCUUUCAAUACAGACAUGUCAGCAGAUACUCUUUUGAAAUUCCACUUAGACCCAGUUAGUGGAUACAUCAGUGUAAAAGGUAAUAUAGAUUUCGAGGAAACUAAGUUAUAUGAAAUCCAGGUGGACGCGACAGAUAAAGGAACUCCCCCAAUGACAGGUCACUGCACGGUUCUGGUGGAAAUUUUGGACACCAAUGAUAAUGUACCUGAGUUGGUUAUCAAAUCACUAUCAUUACCUGUAUUAGAAGAUGCUCCCCUCGGCACGGUCAUUGCCCUAAUCAGUGUGUCUGACCGCGACUCUGGUGCCAACGGGCAGUUGACCUGCACCCUGUCACCCCGCGUUCCCUUCAAGCUGGUGUCCACCUUCAAAAACUACUAUUCGCUGGUGCUGGACAGCGCCCUGGACCGAGAG